AGCUGAUAAACUCCGAGUCGAGACGCUGUGUAGCGGUGAGCGAUCUCACGAGUACCUCCAAUUAGCUUACCUGACGAGGAGACGAGGACGAGUCUGUGGAUACAUUGUAAGCGUCGACGUAGAUUGAGAAAAAUGUUGGUUCGCUGUUUGCUCGCCAUCUACUUGCUGCAGGCCAGCAGCGCCCAGCCUCAGUCCCAGCAGCAGGCCAGUGACAUCCUGAGCCAGGUCUCGGACGUCAAUCCCGACGGCUCGUUCUACACCAAGUACGAGACCGCGAACGGCAUCUCGUACGAGGAGCGGGGUCAGUUGAAAAACCGCGGCAGCCCGGACGAGGCAGAGCAGGUGCAGGGCUCGGCUAGCUGGACGACGAACGAGGGCGAGCCCGUGAAGAUCGCCUGGCAGGCGGACGAGAACGGCGCCGUGUUCCAGGGCGAUCAUCUGCCGACUCCACCACCCAGUCCCGAGAUCCCGCCCCUGAUCCAGCGCGCCCUCGACUGGAUCGCGGCCAAUCCGUCGAGCGAUACCAGCGGUCAGUACCGAGAAGGCGACGCAGCCACCACCGCCGGGAAGCCCCAAGCCUACCGACCUCCCAACAGGAGAUUCUAGCUCGACCGGCUCUUUUCACAUAUCCGCUCUUAUCGAUAAUGGCUUUUCCUCCUUUUAUUCGCCUAUAAAGACGGGCUUUAUCGCUCGCGGCGCUGCUCGCUCGAUGCCCGCGAGGCGCUCCUCCAUCUACGCACUUGAAUAACAAUGCGCGAGGAGGUAAGGCGCUUUUGAAAAUUAUGGCGCACCGUGCCACCGAUCC